AUGAUAAACACACGGAGGGACAUACAGUCAAACAAAGGUGAUACUCUUCUGCAAACUCCAGUAGCAAAAAAUGGGCCCGAUGCCCGAACCAAUAGAUUGUUAUUUUUAUCAAAUAUAGCUGAAAACCUUUUACACCAACAUUGGGACGAUGUAGAAUUACCUUGUCUCCAAAAGACCCUCGAUAUUAUGCGAAAUGUACAAAAUCAUACAGUUUGGGCUACAUGGGUAUGGGACUCAAUGCAGAGUCCAACAGGAUGGUUCGUCGGAUCAAGAAACCAUCUUGGCAACUUCGAUCAAUGUAUCCAUCCACCCUGGGUAGAGACGCAUCCGGAACUAUUGACACAGUAUUGUGUAGCUAACAUAGCACUUACUGGUGAGAGAAUCAGUUUAAAGGAAGACCCGUAUACAACGACAGAUUUAUAUGUGUCUUCGAGAAAGAAAAACAAUUUAGCUUUUAACAAAUUCACAUGGGGUGUGUGUCUGCCAGCUAUCUGCAAACCUAAUUCUAUAAAGAAGAUAGCAGCAACAUUUCUUAACAACACUCAUCUAGGAUCUACGUUAUCUGAAGCUACCAUCUACAUAGAUUCUUGUCAAACUUACAAUGAAAAUACUGAACUAUCGUAUGGAUAUUAUUUGACUUUUGUCUUUAUCGGAUUAAUGGUAUUGUUAACUUUAUGGUCAACAUAUUAUUAUGAGAAUCACCGCUAUACAAAAAAAGGAAAUCGUGCAAUGGUAUUAGCAAAGGCAUUUUCAAUAGUUCAGAACACUGCUGAACUCCUUGAAGAAAAAGAGUAUGAGAUUCGCACUUUAAAUUCUUUGAAGUUCCUGACGUCAUGUUUAGUUAUAUAUGCACAUUGUAUUAUAAUCAGCAUCAACAUGGGAUUCAACAUUUCUAAAAGUUUUAACCGCUUUCUAGAAACCGAUGCCGCAUGUGUCUUUUUCCACUUAGAGAUAAUAAUAGAUACUUUCAUCAUGAUAUCUGGAUUUUUGUUGAUAAGGAGUUUCUUAUCACGCAAUAAACCUGUUACUAUCGAUGUUGUUAUAAAAAGAUACUUUAGAUUAACAUUUGUUCCAAUGGUUUUAAUAUUGUUUACAACCCAAGUAAACAAUCACUAUGACGAAGGGCCGUUAUUAACAAAAGUGUCAUAUAUCGAAGUUGAAUCUUGCAGAAAUUAUUGGUGGACAAAUUUAUUGACAGUCAAUAACUAUAUUGACUUUAACGUCUCGGUAAUGCUUUCCAGUCACCAGUGGUCUAAUGCAUGCGACUUUCAUCUAACUAUACUCGGUACGGGGCUUUUCUGGUUGUACCAAAGGAACAGAUCUCUUGGUUUAAAAGCAUUCUUUAUUGGCGGAAUUGCAUCAGUUGUACUGCCUACUCUGGAAGCCUAUCGCAAGGCGUCGAAGCCGAUACCAUUUUAUGAUUUGGAAACACUAGGCGAUGUUCGAGCAAAUGUAAAUGUCCCAACGUACUUGCAUUCACACCUUCGCAGUGGACCCUAUUUUAUCGGAAUGGCGUUUGGUUAUUUACUGUCUACAUAUAAACCAGAAGAUUAUAAAAAACGUCUUAAAUGGAUUUCAAUAAUUAUUUUUGCCCUUGGUUUUGUUUUGGCAUUGUUUAUACUUAUGUUUGGGGGAUAUUUAGCCCAUCGCAAAUACAGUGCUAUCAGAGACGCCUUAUACGUCGGAACAAACCGAUCUAUCUGGUCUAUUGGUAUAGGUCUUAUAAUAGUUAGCUGCGAGUAUGGUAAUAUACCACUUAUAUCGAAUUUCCUUCGCUGGCCAGCCUUCGGUCCAUUAAGCAAGUUGAGCUAUGGUAUAUACAUUACACACUGGCUUGUCUUGAUGUUUAAAACCUCAACCACAAUGAGUCCUGACAAAAUCUAUUUUACGUACAUGGUAAUAGACUCUUUGGGCGUGGUAACCUUUUGCUGUGGACUGUCUUUUGUGCUGUGGUUGGUGUUUGAAGCGCCUAUGAACAAUAUUGUAGCUAUUGUUCUACGGAAGAGAUCACAUAAAGAAAACAAGGAGGAAACAACGUGUCAUAGUGAAGCUCCAAAUGGUGUGAAGAAAACAAAUUACGAAGCGUGGCAGGAUGCAAUCCUCACGCAAGGCCAAAACAAAAUUACUGAUUCAAGAGUAAACGAGGUACUUAAAAACAAAAAAAGUGAGAUAAAAAUAACACCCAUAGAUUUGCUCAUAGAAGAUCUAACUAGACAACAAUGGACAACAAAGGAAAUGGUGUGUCGACAAAAGGUCUUACGUAUAUUGUACAAUGUGAAAAAUUCAACAUUGUGGGCAACUUGGAUAUGGGAUUCAAUGCAAAGCCCAACCGGAAUUUUCUACGGUUCCCAAUAUCAAUUCGGUAAUUACGACCAAUGUAUGAAAGCGCCAUGGCUAGAAACUCACUCCGAGUAUCGUACAAAAUAUUGUCUUGCUGAUGUGAAGCUAUCUAAUGAAGAACCACAAGAAGCUAUUGUAGAACCUCAUAGCCCUAUAAAGAGUUAUAUAAAUCUAAUUUCAAAACACGGUGUAACAUUCAAUACUAUCACUUGGGGUGUGUGCGUACCUGUCGAAUGCAACUCUAAGGCCAUAUCCAAAAUCGUUCGAAGUUUAUUCAAACAUACGCAUCUUGGACUUACAAUACCUAUCAGCGCGGUCAAAGUGGACCCCUGUAGAGUAGCCGGUUUCAAGGAGGACUAUUCUGUGGAACAUUGUCUUAUUAUGCUUGGAUUGGCUUUUGUUGUAGUAGCAGCUAUAAGUUGUACAGCCAUCAAUAGAUAUCGUGAAACUCAUUCCCAAGUUUAUAGUGUUGUAAACAGGAUUAUCAAAGCAUUUUGCAUGAAGGAAAAUAUGGAGUACUUGUACAAGGAGACCAAUGAUGAUAUUUCCGUGAUGCACGGUAUUAGAUGCUUAACAUCUGGCAUAGUAGUUGGCCUACACGUUUGGUUUGUUACCAACUUAAUUGGAACAAUUAACUUUUUGGAUGUUGAUAAAGAUACUCAUAAAUUUCAUCUGAAUUCUGUGGCACACGCAGAACUCGUGGUUGACACGUAUCUUCUGAUGUCUGGAAUUCUUUUGAUUAAGGGACUUAUGUCGUCGAACCAAUAUAAUCCAUUGCUUUUGAUAUUGAAGAGAUACUUGAGAUUCGUCUGGAUAUUAGGAUUGCUAAUUCUAUUAUUAGUACACGUAUUCAGACAUAAUUCCGAUGGCCCUUUAUGGCACAGGAUUGCAGAAGUAGAAAUAGACAUCUGCAGGAAGAACUGGUGGCUUACAUUGCUUAUGCUUGGCAAUUAUGUGGACACUGCAAAUAUUUGCUACCCCAUUUUAUGGACCGUGCCUUGUGAUUUUCACCUAUCAAUAGUUGGAAUAAUAAUAUUCUGGUUAUUCAAAAAGAAUCGUCGGGUUGCAUUUGCAAGUUUCACAGUCCUCUUAAUUGCCGCUUUAAUCAUGCCUGGAAUUGUAACUUAUCAACAGAAAUUACCUGCCGUGCCGCCCAUGGACAUAAGAAGUAUCAAAGACUAUCGUAACAUCUUAUUCAAGAACCCUACUUACUUGUGGAGUCAUCUGAGAGCCGGCCCUUACUUGGUGGGUCUCGCUGUCGGAUAUCUGAUGUCCAUAUACAAGAUUGACGAAUAUAGGAAUUUUAUCCCUAAGGCCUACUCUCUUAUAGGUUUCAUCGUAUCUUUGGGCAUAGCCAUGCAAAUUUUGGUAAUGGGUGGUAUUUUCCAAAAUAUCCACAGACCCUACAAUGUAUGGGAAGCGGCUUUAUUCGCUUCCUUCAACAGGACUAUCUGGGCAAUAGCUAUAGCUUGCUUGAUUGCCUUCUGCGAAUAUGGAACAGUUCCUAUUAUUGGUGCUUUUUUAAAAUCACAAAUGUUCUUGCCACUUAGUAAGCUCUCUUAUGGAACAUACCUUCUCCACACACUGGUCUUCUCCAGGGUGGUCUCAUCUACACGGGCUCCUUUGAACCAUGAUAUGUUCUUAGUGUUUUUCCAUACAUUUGGUGUACUGGUGUUUUGCACGAUACUCAGUUUGUUAAUGCACCUAUUUUUGGAAGCCCCAAUGAGUAAAAUCAUCAAUAUUGUUUUCCAUAACAAGAAAAAUAAAAAUGACUGUGAAAUGAAAGAGCACGAAUGCAAAAAUACUUUACACGACAAACAAAAGAAAACUUUGUAA